AUGGCCGUCCCGCCCAAGUUCGCCGCCCACAAGCUCGAGUUCGGCUCCCCGCCCGCCGCGCACACGGCCUCGUCGCCCUCUGCCUCGUCGGUCCCGCACACGACGCACACGCUCGAGCUCUACGUCGACUACUGCUGCCCCUUCUCCGCCAAGCAGUUCCUGACGCUCACGCGCGACGUCUUCCCCCUCGUGCGCGCCAACCCCUCGUGGGCCUCGCUCCUCGCCGUCGUCUUCCGCCAGCAGGUCCAGCCCUGGCACCCGAGCUCCACGCUGCUGCACGAGUCGGCCCUGGCCGUCCUGCGCCUCGACCCGGCCAAGUUCUGGGAGUACAGCGCCGCCCUCUUCGACGCCCAAAAGGACUUUUUCGACGUCAACGUCGUCAACGAGCCCCGCAACCAGACGUACCGGCGCCUCGCCAAGCUCGCCGCCCAGAGCGUCGGCCUCGACGAGGCCAAGGUCUACGCCCUCCUCGAGGUCCCCGACAGGCCCGCCCAGGACGGCUCCCUCAACGUCGGCAACCAGGUGACCAACGACCUCAAGCUGCUCACCAAGAUGAACCGCCUCGUCGGCGUCCACGUCACGCCCACGGUCGUCUUUGAUGGUGUCGUCCACGACACCAGCUCCAGCUGGUCCGUCGACCAGUGGAAGGAGUGGCUCGACAAGAAUGUUGUCUAG